AUGGGGCCCCCUUCCAGCUCUGGCUUCUACGUGAGCCGCGCGGUAGCCCUGAUGCUGGCCGCGCUGGCCGCCGCGCUCCUGCUGGCGCUGGCGGUGCUCGCCGCCCUGUACGGCCGCUGCGCGCGCGUCCAGCCGUCCGACCUCCAUCACAGCGGGGUCCCGGACGCCGCGUCCUCGCCGCGCGGCACGCAGGAGGAGCAGCUGCCCACCUGGCCGCCCCGCCCCACUCGUGAACCGGCGGGUACGGCCACCCCGGGCCACUGGCGACCCCCGGGCCCCUGGGACCAGCUGCGCCUGCCGCCCUGGCUCAUGCCUCUGCACUAUGAGCUGGAGCUGUGGCCCCGGCUGCGUCCGAACGAGUUCCAGUCUCCGACGUUGAGCUUCACCGGCCGCGUGAACAUCACCGUGCGCUGCACCGCGGCCACCGCGCGGCUGCUGCUGCACAGCCUCUUCCUGGACUGCGAGAGCGCCGAGGUGCGGGGUCCUCUGUCCUCUGGCCCCCGAGACGGCGCGGUGGGUCGCGUGCCCGUGGACGACGUGUGGUUCGCUUUCGACAUGCAGUAUAUGGUGCUGGAGCUCGGCGCGACCCUGCAGCCCGGGAGCCGGUAUGAGCUGCAGCUCAGUUUCUCGGGCCUGGUGUACCGGGACCUCAGGGAGGGGCUCUUCUUCAGCAUCUACACGGACCAGGGCGAGCGCAGGGCCCUGUUAGCAUCUCAGAUGGAGCCAACAUUUGCCAGGAGCGUUUUUCCUUGUUUUGAUGAGCCAGCUCUAAAGGCAACCUUUAAUAUUACAAUUAUUCAUCAUCCAAGCUAUGGGGCCCUUUCCAAUAUGCCAAAGCUAGGUCAGUCUGAAAAAAGAGACGUGAAUGGAAGCUUGUGGACCAUUACCACCUUUUCCACCACUCCCCACAUGCCAACUUAUUUAGUCGCGUUGGCCAUAUGUGACUAUGACCACGUCAGCAGAACUGAAAGGGGCCAAGAGAUACGCAUCUGGGCCCGGAAAGAUGCCAUCGCAAAUGGAAACGCAGCCUUUGCUUUGAACAUCACAGGUCCUAUUUUCUCUUUUCUGGAAGAUUUGUUUAAUAUUAGUUACCCUCUUCCUAAAACAGAUAUAAUUGCCUUGCCUACUUUUGACAACAGUGCAAUGGAAAACUGGGGACUAUUGAUAUUCGAUGAGUCAUUAUUGUUGAUGCAACCAAAUGAUCAAGUAACAGACAAAAAGGCUGUGAUCUCCUUCAUUCUCUCCCACGAGAUUGGACAUCAGUGGUUUGGAAAUCUGGUUACCAUGAAUUGGUGGAAUGAUAUCUGGCUCAAAGAAGGUUUUGCAUCUUAUUUUGAAUUUGGAGUCAUUAACUACUUCAAUCCUAAAUUCCGAAGAAAUGAGGUCUUUUUUUCUAACAUUUUACAUCAUGUCCUCAGUGAAGAUCACGCCCUGGUGUCUAGAGCUGUGUCCUUGAAGGUGGAAAAUUUCACAGAAACCAGUGAAAUAAAUGAACUCUUUGACUUAUUUACUUACAACAAGGGAGCAUCUUUGGCCCGAAUGCUUUCUAGCUUUCUGAAUGAGAAUGUAUUUAUCAGUGCACUCAAGUCAUAUUUGAAGACAUUUUCUUACUCAAAUGCUGAGCAAGAUGAUUUAUGGAGGCAUUUUCAAAUGGUCAUAGACGACCAGAGUAAAAUUCUUUUGCCAGCGCCAGUAAAAAGCAUAAUGGACCGUUGGACACACCAGAGUGGUUUUCCAGUCAUCACCUUAAAUGUAUCUACUGGUGCCAUGAAACAGGAACCAUUUUAUCUUGGAAAGGUUCAAAAUCAGACUCUCCUAACCCACAACGACACAUGGAUUGUACCUAUUCUCUGGAUAAAAAAUGGAAUCACACAGUCUCUAGUUUGGCUAGAUAAAAGCAGCAAAAUAUUCCCUGAAAUGCAAGUUUCAGAUUCUGAUCACGACUGGGUGAUUCUAAAUUUGAAUAUGACUGGAUAUUACAGAGUUAACUAUGAUAAAGUAGGUUGGAAAAAGCUAAAACAACAGCUUGAAAAAGAUCCUAAGGCCAUCCCUGUUAUUCACAGACUGCAGAUGAUUGAUGAUGCCUUUUCCUUGUCGAAAAACAAUUAUGUUGAGAUUGAAACAGCCCUUGAUUUAACCAAGUACCUUGCUGAAGAAGAUGAAAUCAUAGUAUGGUAUGCAGUCUUGGUGAACCUGGUUACCAAGGAUCUUGUUUUUGAUGUGAACAACUAUGAUAUGUACCCAUUGUUAAAGAAGUAUCUGUUAAAGAGACUUAUCUCAAUAUGGAAUAUGUAUUCAACUGUAAUUCGUGAAAACGUGGCAGCAUUACAAGAUGACUAUUUAGCCCUCGUGGCCCUGGAAAAACUUUUUGAGACUGCGUGUUGGUUGGGACUGGAAGACUGUCUUCAGCUGUCAAGAGAACUCUUCAAAAACUGGACAAACCAUCCAGAGAAUGAAAUACCUUAUCCGAUUAAAAGUGUAGUUUUAUGUUAUGGCGUUGCCUUCGGAAGUGAUGAAGAAUGGGACUUUUUGUUAAAUAUGUACUCUAAUAAAACAAAGGAAGAAGAAAGGAUUCAACUCACUUAUGCGAUGAGCUGCAGUAAAGACCCAUGGAUACUUCACAGAUAUCUGGAGUAUGCCGUCACGGCAGCUCCGUUCACUUUUAACGAAACAAAUAUAAUGGAAGUUGUGGCGGAAUCUGAAGUAGGCCGGUACAUUGUGAAGGACUUUUUAAUCAACAAUUGGCAAGCUGUGAGUGAAAGGUAUGGAACACAAUCGCUGGUUAACCUAAUGUACAUAAUAGGGAGAACCAUAAGCACAGAUUUACAGAUCACAGAGCUGCAGCAGUUUUUCGGCAACAUGUUGGAAGAGCACCAGAAGCUCACAGUUCGUGCCAAAUUACAGACAAUAAAGAACAAAAAUCUGGAAAACAAAAAGCGCAACGCCAGGAUGACAGCGUGGCUACGGAAAAACACGUAACUGAGCGGCGGCCACUUCCGGCACCCCUCAGGCCCGUCAUAAUGUACUUUGUGCAGAGUUUUGUCCUCCAAUACUUUUGCCCAUUGCCUGUGUCACGGUUUACAGGCUACCGAGCCUUUAUUGUGUCACGAAAAGAGCCAGGAUCGAAGGAUCCACAAAGUGCCCUUGGGAUUGCUGUCGUGGAGGCCGGAAUGAGAGGAAGGCUUUGCUCUGAAUCUGGAGACUGCGUACCCACCUGUGGGCCAGACGCUCAUUUGGCCAAAGUCUCUGUGCAAAAAUAAUGCUGUCAACAGACAGUAGCAAUUAGGGGCAGAUCUUCAGCCCCAGGGAAGUGGCCAAAUACAGAGAAAUAGAGCUAAAAGGCCAACAUGCUAACCAGAGCAUAAUCUUUACAGCCAAGCCCUCAGGGGACCAAGUUUGAAACGCGGUUUCAUCUGGCCAAAUCGAACCUGCUUGUAGUUUGGAGAACUUUAAAGGCGUUCAUCAGUUACGAUGUAUGGAAUUAGCUUAGUUUCGUUACACAGGAUUAAAUCGGGACCGCUAAAGCAAGGCAUCCUGCUCUAGACUUUGUGUGAUUUAAUUCUGUGUUUUCACGCUGAUUUUGUUUUUGUUGAAUGGGGGUAAAACCACAGAUCUCUGAUCUACCUCAGAGUGAUGUAAACAUUAAGAAAUAUGCCAGUUAAAUGCCUUAAAGAUGUUGUAUAAAUUCAAGGCAACGUGAUCUCAAGUUUUUCCCUCUUGCUGGAGUAAGUCAAUGUAGUCGCAAGUGAUGAAGCAGAACCAAAGUUUCGUUUUGUAUUUGUCUCACGCAAAGAGGCUCCUGAGUGAGUGGAUGUGGCCAUGAAAACCAACCAAAGCACCACCCACCCCCCAGACUUGACCAUGGGUCAUAGGUCAGAGUCUUCUUCUCCAAAUUUACAAAUUUAAAACGGGGGCACCUGGGUGGCUCAGUUGGUUAAGUGUCCGACUUCGCCUUGGGUCGUGAUCUCACGG